UCUAUACCGACGUGUAUCCGCGUUCAGUUCUCCUCUCCUCCGAUGGUCCAUCCAUAUGAUGAGAGAUCAGCGACAACGCGGGGUUUAGAGGAACCAAGCAGAUCGUCACACUGUUCUUGAAGCCAAAAUGGCGCUAUGUUUAUAUACAUGGUGGUACAUUAUCCCUAGCAAGUCUCAUGAAGACCUUUGGUGACUUUACACACUGGAAAAGAUAACUUUGAUAUUAAGCGACAUUAGCAGUGAUCCACGACCAGCCGUGCAUUUGGUAAUGACAAUUUAAGGAAGAUCUGUGGCAGUAAAGUUCAUAACCUCCACCUCCACCAGCAGCAGCAGAAGCAGGAAGGAUGCAGGCAGAGGCCAAGGACUCCUCGCUGGCGGAGGGCGUAGAGGCUCUGGGUGUGAAGGACACAGACAAACCUGCAGCAAGCAAAGAGGAGGAGAGCAACACAGAGCAACAGGACACAGAGAUGACUGCUGCUGCAGAGGAGGACACUACUAACAAGGAUGAUAAAGAUGGUGAAAUGGACAUAGCACAAGCUGAGGAGCACAAAGAUGAAGCUCAGGCAGACACAGGAGUGGAAGGUGACGAGGGAAAAACGGCAGCAGUGACGGAUGGUGAAUGGGAAAUUGCAUAUAGCGACGAAGAAAUGGAGGACUCAACAAACUGGAUGCCCCCUCCUGCUGAGAUCAAAAGACUGUAUGAUCUCCUUGCAAAAGGGGAACUGCUGGAAUUGAACUUUGAGCCCCUUCCCAGGAGGCCCCCUACACCUGAGCGCACCCCGUCCCCUGAGAGAGAUGAUGAGGAGGCAGCAGCAAAGGAGAGGGAGAGGGAGGAGAGAGAUCUCAAGCCUCCAACGCCAACUGAGUUUGACUUUGAUGAAAAGGAGACCCAAGCAACUCCGAAAAAUUCCUUCAUGAACAGACGCAGAACUCCAGGAUCCUCAGCACGCUCCUCAGUGAAAAGGGAAGCUCGCCUGGACAAGGUUCUGUCAGACAUGCAGCGCCACCGUAAAAUCGAGCAGCACAUCAUGCGGACGGGUCGGGAUCUCUUCAAGACGGAGAAGAAACUGGAAGAGGCUUUGUCUCCUAACAGCCAGAAAGAGCGGGAGAAGGAGAGGGAACGAGACAGCAACCCAAACACCAUCUUUUCCCCAAGACAGAGGAGAUACUGAAGUAUUAAAGGAUGAUCCAGGACUUUGUUCAGAGGCAAUUGAGGCCAAGACCUUUCAGAGGUGUUCUCAAAACUUGAAUUUUUUUAUGUAACGAGUUUUAUAUGUUUUUUAUGUGUGUUUUGUAUAUUGGCAAUAAACAUUUUAAAUCCUG